AUGCCCUAUUGUAACUUUUUUGAUGAUGCAGAUACAUAUAAUCCAUUGCCACUUGAUCCGCCAUAUUUCAUACCUAACCACCUUAUCACCGUAAAUAUAUUCACAGAUAAUCAAGGUUUUGCUUUCGUUGAGUUAGUAAAAAACGAUUGGAUGGUGAUAGUAAUCGCUAGCGAAAUGGACAACUUAGCUGUUAAUCAUCCGGAGACAUCCACUGUGGAAUUGUCUCAACCAUUAAACGCGGAUUUAGAUGUACCACCUGGAUUUGAAAGCACAAUUCCCGGGGCAUCCGCUUCUACAAAACCUGAGCCUGAUCAACAUCGGCGUGGACGUGGUCGAGGAGGACGUCCUCAU